AUGGCCUCAACAAAUUCGUAUCCUGUCAUCUCUUCAGAAGUAAAUCUUGGCGGGCCGCAAUUCCAAGCGAAUCGUGCAGCAUGGGAGGAUCUGCUUUUGAAAUUUGAGAGAGCAUUGAUCGACUCCGUCACAGAGGGAGGGCAACAGUAUCUCCUCAGGCAUCAACAAAGAGGGCAGCUUCUUGCUCGAGAUCGAAUAGCGCUUCUCCUAGAUCCCGACUCGCCAUUUCUGGAGCUCUGUCCUUUUGCUGGGUGGGAUCAAGAAGACAUUCCGCCUUGUGGCAACCUCAUUUCUGGCAUUGGCAGUGUUUGCGGGCGACCUGCUCUCAUCAUCUCCCAUAUUCCAACCCAGAAUGGCGGCUCAUGGAGUAAACUCACUGUACCGAAGCAAAAUCGAGUGACCGAAAUUGCAAAUGAGAACAAUUUGCCCAUCGUAGCACUCGUGCAAUCUGCAGGUGUAUUCCUUCCUCAUCAAUUCGAUAUCUUCCACAAGGGUGGUCAGCUAUUUCGCGACCUCUCUCAACGAAGCCAGAAUGGGCAACAGUCUUGCUCUAUCGUCUUCGGAUCCUCAACUGCGGGCGGUGCUUACCAACCGGCCAUGUCAGACUACACUAUAUUCGUCAAGGGCCAAGCACAAGUUUUUCUGGGUGGUCCUCCACUCGUCAAGAUGGCCACAGGCGAGAUCGUAGAUGCCGAAACUCUUGGUGGGGCGGAAACGCAUGCGAGGCUCACUGGGCUGGCUGAUCAGAUCGCGGUUGAUGAGUUCGAUGCCAUACGAAAAGCUCGAGAGUGGAUGCUCACAUUGCCGGAACCUUUCUCCGAUCUCUCGACGAUCGAUGGUCCCUUGCCUCCGCGGUAUCCUCCGGAAGAAUUGUUGUCUCUGGUAGAUCCAGACAUCCGCAAACCAUUCGAUAUGACGGAGGUACUGAUCAGAAUUGUCGAUGAUUCGCGAAUAUCCAUGUUCAAGCCGAGCUUUGGCUCAAAUCUCAUCACCGCCUAUGCGCAAAUAAUGGGCCACAAUGUUGGGAUCGUAGCCAACAGAAUUCCUGUCAUCAAUGGAGACGAGGCUUCCAAAGGCGCACAAUUUAUUCGCCUUUGCAAUCAGUCAAACCUGCCAAUACUCUUCCUGCACAAUGUCACUGGAUUCAUGGUCGGAACCAAAGCCGAACAUUCUGCCAUUAUCAAGAAAGGAGCACAGAUGGUCUCGGCUGUGAGCUGUUCCAAGGUCCCCCACAUCUCCAUCAUAUUGGGCGCCUCUUAUGGAGCAGGCAACUAUGCCAUGUGCGGACGAAGCUACAAGCCACGCUUCAUGUUCACUUGGCCGACCGGUCGAUGCAGCGUAAUGGGUCCAGAUCAACUCGCUGGAGUGAUGCAAAAUAUCGAAGCGAACAGUGCCAAGUCGAAGGGCAAAGUGCUCGAUCAAGACGCAGUAACAAAGCAAACGGAAGUCUUGAAGCAGACUGUGCUGAGAGACUGUGAUCCGUAUAGGACGAGCUCCGCGCUACAUGAUGACGGAGUUAUUGAUCCUCGGGAUACGAGGGAUAUUGUCGGUAUGUGCUUGGAGGUCGUCAAGAUUCCAGGCGUUGAGGGCGCAGCGGCACAUAGUGUUUUGGCUCGGCUGUAG